GACAUCAUUUAUUUCGAGUCAUUUAAAACUUGAGGAGGGGAAAUUUUUGUGUAUACUUGUAUUUGUAUAUACACCAGACCACUGUUUAUUUUAUGAAACAGUAUUAUUUGGCCAUGUCUGAGUAAUUUGUUUCACUUUCGAUAUUUCUUUACCUGGGGUUGGAAAAUUACUUAAAGUCUAUAAAUAACCAAGAGAUUAUUAUUUAAGAUGCAGACGCGUUGGAUAUGAAAUUUAAGAUGGCAUUUCGGAACAAUCGCAAAAAGUUGGGCGAUAUGUCACGGUGGAUACCCAUAAUUUUGUCGAUGCCUUUAAUGGCAGCUACCAUAAUUGAUACCAAAGAACCGGAACAAAUAGUGUCGUUAUCAUGGUCUCGACCCGGUGGUAUCUCCGUCUCCUCUGCUUUAAACCGCCUGUACGUGGUGGACACCGGGAACUCCGCCGUUCUGUACUGGGACCUCGACUUGAAGAGAGCCACGACUGUGCUCGGGGGGUCUGGUAAGAAAGGGUUUUUGAACGGUCCAUGCACAGAGGCGAAACUCCAAAGGCCGAUUGACUUGACCGUUACAAGGGAUCCAUCUGUUGUGUACAUCACUGAUGAUAACAUUAUACGUAAAAUUGACGGAGUAUCUGAGAAAGACUGUGAGAUAUCGAGCUUUGCUGGUGAGAGAAGGACAAAGGGAGGGAUUGAACCUAUUGAUGGCCCCCUGUCGGCAGCAUCCUUCGGUGAUAUCGAGUACAUGACCUACUCGUUUUCUGAACAUGCAUUAUACCUACUAGAUAAUAAAACUGUUCGAAGGCUGGACAUAAAUGCGAAACAAGUGGAAACACUGCUUGUUAAUGACAAUACUGGGCAGCCUGUCCUGGGUGUUAUUGCGUUUGCGAUAGCCGAGCUUAAACCGACAAAAUAUGCUGUGUAUGAAACAACACAAGGUUUGUUGCGACCGGUUGAAGAUGUGUACAUUGUUCAGCCUGUCAUUCCUUACAUCAACUCUACUAAUAUGACCUCUCCAAAUUAUCCUGUGGCGCUUUCACAAUACGGUGGUUAUCUUUUUGCUUACGAUUUGUCCGACAACACCAUCAAAGUUACGAAGCUAAUAAAUUCUUCAGAGCAGAUAGAAACGAUCGCAAACCUGGAAGACUUCAUUGUGCUCCGACUCGCAUUCAUGUCUACUGAACAUGGAUGCAGCCUGUUUGCGUCUGACUUUAAACGACCGACCAUCAUUAAAAUCGCAAUCCCAGACACGAUAUGUCCCAAGUCCCCAUCCAGCGAGUCUAUGGUUAUGUCCAAUGACGGGUACGUAACUUACGUCUUGCGGUUUAUAGUUUCAGGCGUCUUUGCUGGAGUAUUUCUCGUUAUCUGCGUAGUUGUUAUAGCUGUAAGAAAGGGCAUGUCCAAAACACGGUCUGCAGAAGAUCCGAAUAAUGCCGAUGACAAUAUGCAAAAGGACGGUCUUAUGCCCGCUGAAGAGGAUAAGGGUACAGAAAGGGAGACAGACCAGGAAAAACACCCGAAACCCGCAAGAAACACCAGUAAUAUUGCUAAACGAGAUAUAAGUCUUCCUGUGGGUGAACCAAAACCCUUCUACGCCAGAAAGCGUUCUUCUGAGUUCCUAGUUGACCAAGAUGAAACGGACUCGCAGGACUACUUUGAUAUGAGCGGAGAAGACUUCCGUCUCUCUGCAACAAGCAUUGUCCGCGAGUGCUCUUUCUGGGUUGAUCCUGAAUUACUAAUCUGUAAAGAUGCUGUGCCUUCACAGCCCCCUCCACCUGCUACCGGCGUCAGAGCGAGCACCGACUUACGCACUUCACUUCGCCAGGGCAUCCAUACUCCCAAAGAGCGCGAGAAGAGCACGGGCCCUAAAUGCGGAGGCCCCGGAAUCUACGUGAACGUUCCACAGUCGCCUCCUGUACGCCCUCCCCAUCCAGCCCCAAGACCGUCCAAGCUGCUGAAAGGGAAAUGAUAAAACGUGACACCACAAUGAUACCCUAUAUCUGUAUGAUUCGGGUAUAGAAUAUAUUAACAAUUAUAACUAUAAUUUAAAUUCUAAGCAGAAGAAGAAAAGUAUUUAUUUUAAGAUGCUUGAGACAGUGAUAAUCGCACGGACUGCAAUUUACAUAAUCCAGAGUUACAUUUGUAUACUCUUCAAAAAAAAAAAAAGGAAAAGCGAACCAUCACGAACAAUCCCUCUGAUGGG